GUCCUUUAGAGCAUUUAUUAAGGAGACGCUAAAUCUCCCCCAGGUCACAUAUUAACUUCAUAUUUACAUUUGCUUCAAUGACUCUAAUGAAAACUAUCAAUGAUGAGGACAGUAAAAAAAAAAAAAAGAAAAUGUUGGAAGAAUAAGAAAGCUUAGAAAUUCAAUGGAGCUUCAACAGGCAUGAGGUGAAAUAUCUAUACGGCAAUAAGUCUGAAUUUUGAAGGAACUCUUCCUUUAACAGGCUCAGAGGAGCGGUGUGCAGACUCCAGAGGCGGGAGCUGGAGGUGUAUGUGUGGGGGGAGUGUCAGUGAAUGAAGGGAUAAACGGAGUUUGUUUUGGAUGGGGGGACAGCCGGGGGAAGAGCCGCAGACGGAGCAGAAACCGUGAGAGACUCAGCGGAGAGUAAACGACCUGCAGCUGGACGGAACCGCGACCGAACCAUGAUGUACUUCCAUCUCUGUCCUGACGCCCUCUGGGUCCCACUGCUCGGCCUGCUGCUCCUCGGCAUCCCUGCGGCGCACACGGCUAAAUGUCCACAGCAGUGCGUGUGUGACCAGAUCCAGCUCACUGUGACCUGCGUCAACAAGAACCUGACCCAAGUUCCUCCCACUGUUGAUGAGAUCACAGUGAAAUUGGAUCUCCGAGGUAACGACAUCCAGGAGCUUCCCACCGGGGCUUUCAAACACACUCCUUACCUGACUCACCUGUCGCUGCAGCGCUGCAACAUCCGCAGGGUGAAGGAGGGGGCUUUCCGCGGCCUCGGUCGCUUGGUCUUCCUCAACCUGGCCAACAACAACAUCGAGAUCCUCUACCAGGAGUCGUUCGACGGUCUGUCCUCCCUGAAGCAGCUUAUGAUCGACCGCAACCGCGUGGAGGAGAUCCAGCCCGGAGCUUUCUCUCAGCUGGGCUUCCUCAACCUGCUCUCCAUCACGCACAAUCGGCUGGUCUACAUCCCCAACUUGGCCUUCCAGGGUCUGCAGAAUAUCAAAUGGCUUCGUCUCAGUCACAACUCUCUGAACUACCUGGACACCGAGGCCUUCGCCGGUCUGUUCACACUCGCCCGCCUCAGUCUGGACCACAAUGAGCUGCAGUUCUUUCCCUCUGAAACCAUGACCAGACUGCCGGAGGUGACUCGUCUGGAACUGAGCUAUAACCCCAUGACUUACCUCGGGGAAGAGGCGGUGUCCAUGGCCAAGCUCACCCACCUCUUCCUGGACCACAUGUCCCUGCAGGACAUGGCCAACACUGCUGUUUUGAAAUCCCCCAGCCUCACCCACCUUGACAUCAGCUACAACCAGCUGCGUGUCAUUCAGCCCCUCUCUGAAGGUUCGCCCAAGGUGGCACGCCUCAACCUGGCUGGGAACCCCAUCUACUGUAACUGCUACCUGCGUCCGCUCAGGGAGUGGUCUAUCCGUAGCAAGGUGAAGCUGAUGGGGACGUGCGGAGGACCGGCUCAUCUCUCUGGAGAAAACCUGGAGGCCGUACACCCUCCAGAGCUGCGCUGCCAGAGCCAGGAGGCCAUGCUGAAGGCGGAGUUCGAGGAGGCGACCAGACUCGCACCACCGCCCACUGAGGAGCCCCAGAACAAAGUCAAGUGUCCUGCCAACUGUGUCUGUGAGGCCGAGACGCACCAUUCUUCGUGUGAAAACCGCAGUCACACCAAAGUUCCUCGGGGUUUCGCUGCCAACACUCGCCUCCUCGACCUGCGUGGCAACCAGUUCCACUACAUCCCUAGCAACAGCUUCCCCGGUGUCCCCCAGGUUGUAUCCUUGCACUUGCAGCGCUGCAAAAUCGUGGAGGUGGAAGACGGUGCUUUCACUGGGAUGAAGGGUCUGAUCUACCUGUACCUGUCAGAGAACGACCUCACGUCCCUCAGCCCCGAUGCCUUUAAAGGUCUCCCUCAACUGACUUACCUCCACCUGGAGAAAAACCGCUUCACCGGCUUCCCCAAGGGAGCCUUCAAACUGGUGCCCAGCCUGCUCGCGCUCCACUUGGAGAACAACGCUAUUACUAAGUUGGAGGCGGGCAUCUUGACCGGGGCCGAGGGUCUCAGAGCGCUCUACCUCACUGGGAACGCCAUCGAUCACGUGUCGCCCAGAGCUCUGGACCACGCCAGUGACCUCGAUACGCUCCACCUGGGAGGGAACAAGCUGAAGGAUGUGCCCACGGACGCGCUGAGUAAAGUGGGGAACCUCAGAGACCUGAGGCUGUCCGGGAAUUCAGUUCGCUGGGUGGGGCCAAAUGCUUUUCGACCACUGGAGAGGUCGCUGAAGGAGCUCUACCUGGAUAACAUGGGACUGGAGAAGAUGUCGCAGAACUCCCUGGCAGGCCUGGGUCCGGGGCUGAGAAGUCUCUUCCUGGAGGGUAACCAGCUGGAGGAGGUGCCUGACCUCCACCCUCUCACUUCUUUGGAGGUCAUCAACCUGGCUGACAAUCCCCUGAUGUGUGACUGCCCUCUGCUGCCACUACGCUUGUGGAUUGAGAAAGUCAACCUGAAGGUACGAGCCACCUGUGCCAAUCCCCCUGAGCUGAGGGGUCGCAGGGUCAAGGAUGUCCACAUCUUCAAAGCCUGCCCCGGGGGAGAGAGCCUCCCCUCCGCCCCUACCGUCACCCCAAAGUCCGCUAAGGCACCCAAGGCCACCAAACCCAAACCAAUGCACCUCAACGGCCUUAGGCAUGUCAAAAUGCUCCAAUCCAAAUCCAAACUUCGCAAGAGUCCAAACACCAAACAGGCAGCAGCCAAGAAAACCAAGAGACGCAGCAUGGCUUGAACCUGCUGCCUCUGGAGGUUUGUCUGGGCGUCUGUGCUGAUUGUUGUAGACCACAGCUCGCAGUAACUGGCCAUAGUCAGUUAGAUUUGAGGGUUAAACAUUGGAUUGAAAUGACUCAAAAGCUGUAACCUUUGUCAGCUAUGAAAGCUGUAGCUGCUGAGGCCGUGCCGUCAGUUUUCAUUCAACACUGUACUGAAUUUUCUUUUCUGCAGUAUUUCCUCUUCCCUGUCUUAUCUUUGUAAAAGGUCAAAAUCAGUUGGUUUUUUUUUUUUUUUUAAAUUCAGGGAACCUAGACCGAGCACACAUGCUCUGUGUCAGCACUGCCUUGUUUCAAACGUAGCAGUGAAGAUCAUGCUGGUUCGACCGAAAGCUUUUAGCUCUGCUGGAGGUUUUAGCAUCUUGAAGGACGUAAACGAGGUGAAUGUCAUUAGAA